AUGGGGCAAUGCGCAUACCGGUACAGAGUCAAUACAUUGGAAGCCAACGGGGUGGCUGCACUGAAUGUGACAACGUUGGAACCAUAUCCAAUCUCUGAUUAUCCUGAUUUUGAAACAGGCGAACAGCAUGCAGACUGGUAUCACGUCUAUCCAGGGGGCUCGGUACGAUUUCAAUGUCACGAUCCCACCAACGUAAUAUACGAUUUAGACAUCAACGAACCGAUAAUGAACGAAGAGGGUACGGUUUCGAACUACUUCAUCCAUCACUGCGAAGACUUAUCUAUCCGCGAAGGCAACUAUACGUGUUUCGACGCUCCCACAGCCACGCCAACGAUUUCGUCGGCGCCUACAACUUCGGCAGCACCAACAGGUCCACCCUCUAUUGCACCGAGCCAAAGUCCGUCGAGCCAACCAUCUCGCGUACCUUCUUUUUCUCCUUCCGGCUCGCCCAGCCUAGUACCCAGUGAAUUUCCCUCAAAACAACCAAGUACACCCCCUUCUAAAUCACCAAGCGAUUCACCAAGUUUGAGGCCAAGUGAAGCCCCCUCUGAUACUCCAAGUGUGGCCCCAUCACAAAGUCCAUCCUCUGUGCCAUCUGAAAUGCCCACCAAGUCUCAGGCUCCGUCCUCAACUCCCAGUUCCAGGCCGAGCGCCUUUCCAACCCAGGAAAGUGUCAUCAAUGGCGUUGAAAUUGAUCAGCUUCGAGAUGAACUUUCCAAGUUGUCUGUUCUUCGGUCCAUCGAGAACUUGGAAUUGUCGAAUUCCCUUGAUCGGCUUAGCCAAAGGUUGGACACUAUUGAGGCUUCGAUUCAGCGCCUUCAGGAGCAACAAAUGACAUUGGAAGGAAUGGUCAACAAGAACACGCAAGACACAUCAAAUCUUCGAGGCUACACCGAAAGAAAGAUUGCGGAUACACAGUAUUGGGUCAACCGCGCUUGGGUCUACGCCACGGGGGGCCGCGGCGGCCUAAUCGACUUUGCUGGUGACAGUUAA